UCACUGUGGUAUUCCGUGCAAUUGCGACUUUGACGGAGUGAACCCUCUACAAGUCGGCCGUCACAGAAGUCUGCUCUCAUUGUCAAGUCAACCACUGGGGCAAACAGACUGACCAGGAAGAUUUGAAAGACUUUCGCCACAGGGAAACCAUGGCUGCGGUGAAGGGCGAACCCCGCGAUGACAGGGGCUUCAAUGCACCGCCCGCGCCCACACAUGACGACGAGCCUAGGAUUGACCUCCAGUGGCUCCAAGAACUCGUUAACGACAGCGAAAAGCGGUCGGUACAUGUCCUCGAGAGGGCUGUCCGUGUCGGUGUCAAGGCUCUCGAGGGCCUCAAAGGUCCCCUCGAAGCCGCCAAAAAUAUCGAGGACACCACAGCCGCCCAGUGGCUCAAGAUGAUCAAUGAUGUUCAAUCUCGCGCUAAACCGACCCGCACUAUUGUUGGAGUCGUAGGCAACACAGGAGCCGGAAAGUCGAGCGUCAUCAGUGCCGUCCUUGAUGAGGAGCGUCUCCUGGCAACAAACUGCAUGAGAGCUUGCACAGCAUCUCCCACAGAGAUCUCUUACAACGACUCAAAAGACCCCAAUGAACUCUACCGUGCCGAAGUUGAGUUCAUCACAUCGGCCGAGUGGCUAAAAGAGUUGCAAGAGCUCUACAGCGAUCUCCUUGACGGAAGUGGUGAGGUUUCGCGCGAGAGUUCCAACGAAGAUAGCGAGGCCGGUAUCGCCUAUGCCAAGAUCAAAGCUGUCUAUCCCCGCCUCGUCAAGGACACCAUGCCGAAGCAUAGUCCUGUGGAGCUUGUAAACCAGCCCUCGGUCCGCAAUGUGUUAGGCACGACAAGGAAGCUUCAAGCCACCACAGCUGCCGGUCUCUACCGCCAACUGCAGUCCUACGUCGACAGUAAGGAGAAGAACACAGACAAGUCGAUUGAGUACUGGCCUCUUAUCAAGGUUGUUCGCAUAUACACCAAGGCCUCUGUCCUAUCCACAGGAGUGUGCCUCGUCGAUCUUCCCGGUGUCCAGGAUUCGAACGCCGCAAGAGCCGCCGUUGCUGCAAACUACAUGAAGGCAUGUACCGGUCUUUGGAUUGUGGCACCCAUCACCCGCGCUGUGGAUGACAAGACGGCAAAGUCUCUGCUUGGCGAUACCUUCAAGCGCCAGCUGAAAUAUGAUGGCGCAUAUUCAGCUGUGACUUUCAUUUGCUCAAAGACCGAUGAUAUCUCGGUCACUGAGGCAGUGGAGAGUCUCAAUCUUGAAGAACGUGUCUCUCAACACGAGACACAGAUUCGAAGCAAAGAAGACGAGAUCAAGAAGCUCAAGAAGAAGCUCGGUGAUCUCAAAGAUCAGGAAGCGGCGUGUGACGAGAUCCGCGACCAUCUUGACGAAGAAAUGGAAAAGUGGGAUGUACUACUUGACAAACUGGACAAGGGAGAGCAGGUCUACGAUCCGUCUGAAGCCCAGCAGGCCAAGAAACGAAAGCGUCAUGGCGGAUCACGGAGAAGCCGCAAACGACGUAACAACGAUCCCAUUGAUAGUGACAGCGGUAGCGGUAGCGAUAGCGGCAGCGACGGAGACGGAAAUAACUCGGAUGCCGAAAUGUCCGACUCAAGCGAUAAGGAAAACUCUGACCCCAAAGUCGGCGAAGAGAAAAAGCCAUUGACGAAAGAGGACAUUGAAAAUAAGAUUUCUUCUUUGAGAGAAGAAAAAAAGAAGACUCGCGCGGGUAUUAGGGAUCUCAAAGACCAAGCAAAGGAAACCCGGACGGCUAUCAAGGAGAUUGAGUCCGAAAAGAAGAAUUUGGAGUCGGAGGUUAAGGCUAUCUGCAUCCAAGGAAGAAACGAGUAUUCCCGGACGGCCAUCAAGAAGGACUUUGCCAUGGGAAUCAAAGAGUUGGACCAAGAAACUGCAAUCGAAGAAGACGAGGAAAAUUUCAACCCAGAUGUCGACCUACGGGAUUAUGACAAAGUUGCUGAGACCCUUCCAGUCUUCUGUGUCAGCAGUCGUGCUUUCCAGAAGCUGAGUGGGAGGCUGGUGAGGGACAAGUUUAACAGCGCUGGGUUCCGGUCACUCGAGGAAACUGAGAUUCCUCAACUUCAGGCCCAUGCGCAAAAACUUACAGAAAAUGGUCGGGCUGCUAGCUGCAGACGCUUCCUUGCUGACCUUUCCCAGCUUCUCAACUCGCUGAGUAUGUGGGCGACCAAUGACGGCACACGAUCAAACCUGACCGACAGCGAGAAGCGAGCGGAGGAGAACCACUUGCGCAAGCGGAUCGACCAAAUGGAGCAGGAACUGGACGACGUGGUAAAGGAGACUAUGAACAACCUCAAAGAGGCGCUCGCGGAAAACAUCUAUGAAAUCUUUGAGAAGUAUUUGCCUGUCGCAGCAGACAGGGCCUUGCCCACCGCCACGGGUUGGGGCGCACACAGAGAUGCAGGUGGGUUGCUCUGGUCAACGUACAGAGCCACCUGUCGCCGGAGCGGUGUGUUUUCUGGUGCUUCGGGUCUUCGAGACUUUAAUGCAGAGCUCAUUGAACCCAUUCAUACGCCAUUGAGUACUACUUGGGAGCGAACCUUCCAGCGCCGUCUUCCCGGCGUCCUGACGAACUUCGCCAAGUCCACCAAGCUGUUGCUCGAGACCUUCCACAGAGAGGCAACAAUUCGAACUCAACAACGGGCAAAUAAUUACCACGGGAUCAACAUGUUGUAUCAGCAACUCCAAGCCCAUUGCCAGAAGAUCUCUGAACUACCCGAUGCACUGAAUGCCAUCGUUCAAGAACAACAGCGUGAUGCGAAUCGUAGCUUCGCGCCUACUAUUCAGACCCAGAUGGAGAGGACGUAUCAGGCCUGUGCUGAGGAAAGAGGCUCGGGAUGCUUUAGGCGAAUGAAGGACAUAAUGGAAGCGCAUGUUGGAACCCACCGUAUGUCGAUAUUCCAGGCUGCCACCCGCGUUGUACAGGAUCAGCUUGGUGUCAUGUGCAGGGAGCUCAAGAAACGGCUUCAAGAUGAGGCUGACGAUCUCCACGACAUACUGCGAAGAGAUUAUCUUUCGGCACUGGUUGGGAGUGAGGUCGCGAAUCGUAAGGGGCUACCCCGGGUAGAGCGAGCAUUGCGAGCAGAGAUGGUGCCGUAUUUACAAAAAACCGAUCCUUUGUUCGCGCCCGUUGUCAAGGGCGAGCCUGAAGAGCCUGAGAAGGUCGAAGAACCGGAGGAGCCGAAGCAGGAGAGGGCUGUUAGCGAGGGCCUUUUUGUCCCUCCGGACGCCGCGGCUAAUGAAGCUGCCGAUGAUCAUGACACGACCAUGGUUGAUGCAUCAAUGGUAGAUGCCCCUCCGCCAUCUUCGGCACCAACUGCAACCUCUACCAUCAAGGCUGAGCCCGUCGAGCCGGCCCCUUUGCUGAGCAGUAACCAAGCUUCGGUUCCCUCAAUCAAGAAUGAACACGCCGCGCCAGUUCAACCAGCUGUUGAACCCUCUCGAGCCCCUAGCGUUGCUGCUCCUGAAGCUGUUGCUCCUACUGAAGCUGCUGCCCGGCCUGAGCCUCUUCAAACUGGCACAGCUGCUUCUGAGGUAGUCCAUGCCGUCGGUGUUGCUCAUGAGCGCGCUCGGACUGCUACUGCUGGCCCCGACGCUUUUGGAACUGCUAUUGCUGUUCCUCAGCCCCUGCGAGCUGCUACUACUGAUCCUGAUCCGAUCUCUAACAUCAAGCGGGAGCCACAGGGUGAUCACAACCUGCUCGCAAGCUUCUGCAGUGAGCGCAAUCCAACCUCGGACGACGAGGAAGAGUUUUCUACCGCGACAGAGGGCGAGGAUGACGAGGGAGAGGAUGACGAGGACGAUGAAGAUGAAGACGAUGACAAUGCUGAAUCGUCAUCAGAUGAAGACAGCUCCCGGGCCCCAAGUGUCGAGAUGGACCUUGUGAAGCCAGAGCCAACCGAUCAUUGAGUGGCUCUGUCAUCUCGUGGGUUGCUUGUCAAUUGUUUAUAAUACGGCGUACAUGAUGGAUGUUUUUCGG